AGCUGCAGCCAUGACCUCGGCCACUCCCCCGUCCUCACGUGGCUCCUCCCCCGAGAAGGUGUGUCACUCAAUGACGCAGACGGAGGUUCUGAAGCCGCUGCUGGGRUCGGUGGGGGUGGCGGCAGGGGAGGCAGCGACAACGGUCUGUGCGCUCCGACGGAGACGGCGUGUUCUCUCCAAGGACGGGCACAGCAACGUGCGCAUCGAGCAUGUGAGCGGGCGCGGGGCGCUGUACCUGCGUGACAUCUGGACGACCUUCCUGGACAUGCAGUGGCGCUACAAGCUCUUCCUGUUCUCGGCCACCUUCGCCGGGACCUGGUUCCUGUUCGGGGUUCUGUGGUACCUGGUGGCGCUGGUGCACGGAGACCUGCUAGAGUUUGACCCGCCGUCCAACCACACCCCGUGUGUGAUGCAGGUGCAGACCCUAACGGGGGCGUUCCUCUUCUCGCUGGAGUCCCAGACCACCAUUGGCUACGGCUUCCGUUGCAUCACAGAGGAAUGUCCUGCUGCCAUCAUCCUCCUCAUCCUCCAGCUUGUCAUUACCAUGGUUCUGGAGAUCUUCAUCACAGGAACCUUCCUCGCCAAGGUGGCGCGGCCCAAGAAGAGAGGCGAGACAGUGAAGUUCAGCCAGCACGCCGUGGUGUCCAAUCACGAGGGCCGACCCUGCCUCAUGAUCCGAGUGGCCAACAUGCGCAAGAGCCUGUUACUGGGCUGCUCGGUAACAGGGAAGUUGCUCCAGACAUCCCAGACCAAGGAGGGGGAUACGGUGCGACUGGACCAGAGGAACGUUCCCUUCCAGGUGGACAUGUCCAGCGACAGCCCCUUCCUCAUCCUCCCACUCACCUUCUACCACAUCAUUGAUGACAGCAGCCCGCUCAGAGCCUGGGCCGCCAAGGGAGGGGGAUGGACGGAUCCGGAUCUGGCAGACUUUGAGCUGCUGGUGAUCAUGAGUGCCACGGURGAGCCCACCUCCGCCACCUGCCAGGUGCGCACCUCCUACCUUCCUGACGAGAUCCUGUGGGGUUACGAGUUCCCCCCCGUGGUCUCCCUGUCCCCCUCGGGGAAGUAUGUGGCCGACUUCGCCUUCUUCGACAAGGUGGCCAAAACAAAGACCACCCCCCUCUUCAAACAGGCCUCGCCCCCAAGCCCAGCCAUGCGCUCCUCCCGUUACCAUGGCAGCAGCAGAGGGAGCGCGGAGGAAGGGGCAGACCCGGAGAAGAUCAAACUGGAGGAGAGCUAUAGAGGGGAGGAGAGGGGGAGGGGCAGGGGGAGAGAUAGUAGUCUUCUCMGUGUCCGUAUCAGCAAUGUCUAGAGAGAGAGCACGAGUAGGAUGCAAUGAGAGAGCAAGGAGAAAGGAGAAAUGAUAUGUAUGGAGAUUGAACAAUUAUCAAGUGAGAAAACAUUAUUGAAUGCAAUAGAGAUGAGCUGCUCCCCUGUUGGGAAACGUGAACACAAAACACACACUUACACACAUGCGCUUGUGUUUUGGAUUUGAUGGGAAUGUAUCACCCCUUGUGGUUGAUAAGGAUUUCCACAACCUGGAAAGGGACAACAUACUGUACAUCCCUUCUGGGUUUACUGUACUGUAAUCAAAGAUGGACUAAGGGGGCUUUUUAAACUUUAUAUGUCUGUAUUUUUUAAUGAAAGUACUUGUGUAACUAUAAAGGUUGACUGGUUUAUGUGAACAUAAACAUGGUUUACUUGGACAUAAUCACGGUACUGUUUCAGUUUUUUACACAAAAAGGUACUCUGUCCGCAGGAGAUGGGAGUGGAAGCACUGGAAAACAAACUAUUUUUCUUUAAGGAUUUUUACUGAAUAUAUCAUAUUGUAUGUAUGUGUAUUUGUCCCUAUCGAUGCGAACAAUGGCAGUACUCAUUCUUCUGAAUAUAUGUUUAGCAGGGCUGGGGUAAAUUACRUUUCAAUUCCAGUCAAAAAAAGUAAAGUAAACCAAAUUCCAAAUCCAAAUGUUCCUUCUUGAAAAGCAUUGAAAAUAAUUGUAAUUUCAGUGUACUUCCUCAAUCGUCUGGCAUUGAAAUGGAAUUGACACCAACCCUGAUGUUUAGAGUUUGUUCUUUUAUGUUUUCUUUUCACUGGAAUAUAUGCAUUGAAGAUGUAUGUUAACAAUACUAAAAGCACUUUAACUUGGCGGAAAAUUGUACUUUACACAAUGGAGAGUAACUAACUUCCUAAUUUCAUGCGCUGUGUGUGUCCGUGUGCGUGUGUGUGUGCAAGCAUGUUUAUAUGAGUCAAUGUGAGUGCAAUUCUGAAUGUGUAUGUACUUCUUAUUCAUACGGCACUUCAAAACCUGAACAAUUCCGUGGCCAUUCGAAAACGUGCCACUUAACUAAGCCUUUUGAUAUGCCAAUGUAAUUUUUACAGUACAGUYGUGGCCAAAAGUUUUGCGAAUGACACAAAUAUUAAUUUUCACAAAGUCUGCCGCCUCAGUUCGUAUGAUGGCAAUUUGCAUAUAC